GUUCUCUAAAUGGAUGAUUGAACAAGCAAAGGAAGAAUUGCAGAUUCUGGAAGCCCAACACCCGAAUCGAUUUGGGUUUCUAAAGAUGGAGCUUAGAAACUUAAUCUAUGGAGAAACUGAUACAUCGUCUCCCACCCGAUAUUACCACAACAGUUUCGUUUCGUAUCGGAAGGACUCCAUCACCUCCUCGCCUAACUCCUCUGCAACCACACAAGCUUCAUCAAAUGGAAAGAGGAGAAAGUUUUCUGAGAUUCGAAAACCUGAGGCUAAUCCACAGUCAACAAAACGAAAAAUUCGAAGGUCGAAUCACUCGAUGGAAAUGCUAGAUGCUGCCAUUGAAAGGGCUGAAGAAUGCCUAAGAAAAAUCAAAGAAAUCAAAACAAGUUUUGCAAAUCAAUGAGACAUUAUGGGGAGAAAUG